UUAAAAUUACAGUGACACCCCACCAAGCACCAACUUCAAGGGAUCACACCGUAAUUUCCACUGUGCAACUCAAUUCCCCCUCAGCUACUAGAUCUUUCCCCUCCAUCAUAAAUCCCCGUCCCUUCCUUCUGAAGCAUUCUCAGUUGCCACACUCAUUGCUAACCCCUCUCUCUCUCUCUCUCUCUCUCUCUCCUCUCUCUCCAAAAACCAAGAUCUCUCUCAAAAAACCAAGAGUUGCUUACUCUCUCGGAUUCUGUCCAAUGCCUACAGCUGAAGCUAAACCAGAACAACCGAAAGGAAGUGAAGAAGUUUUUCAACCCCCUCUCAACUACAAAAUUUGGGUUUUGAAAGUCCCUAUCCACUGUGAAGGCUGCAAGAAAAAAGUCGCAAAAAUCUUGAAAAAAAUCGAUGGGGUUUACAAAACAGAGUUUGACGGGAACAUCGGAAAGGAAAACAAAGUUACAGUGACUGGAAACGUGGAGCCGGAGAUUCUGAUCAAGAAACUGGCUAAGGGAGGAAAAUAUGCAGAGAUGUGGCCUUGUCAGAAGGCUAACAACAGCAAUAAUUCAAAUGACAAGAAGAAAAAUAAGGAGAAGAAUAAGGAGAAGCAGCAAGGCGAAGAUACCCAAGGGUCCGAGGACGGCAACCAUGGCGGAACUGGAGGCGGCGGUAGUUGUGAUAAUGAAAGGGAGACGGUUGAGGCUGACGUUGUUCAAGUUCAGGAUAAUCGUGGUAAGAAAAAUAAAGGUGGUAGUGGCGCGGGUGGGAGUAAGACUCCCGAGGGGGUUAAUGCUGUGAAAGUGAAUGAGGGGGAUGGUGCACCGGCGAAAUCCGGCGGCGGUGGAAAGGGUAAAGAGGUAAAGCUUGAGGUGGUGAAGCAGGGGAAGCCUGUGAACAUGUCUGGACAGCCGGCUGCGGCGGAGAAGUGUUUUGGUGGGGAUGACGAUGAAGAUGACAGUAAUUGUGAGGUUGAUAAAAGUGGAGGCGGCGGCGGCCCUAGUAGCAGUGGAACUAAGAAGAACAAGAAGGGGCCAAAGGGGAAGGCCAAUGCUGAUGAUUCAGAUGAGGUUGACCAAUGUGGUGAUGCUGCUCCUCCACGCACUGGAUCACCACCAAAUCAAGGCAAUGUACGACGUGGGCCUCCUAUGCCUCAGGGGCCUUACAUGCUUCCAUCUGGUACUCAAGGCCCUAAUUUUGCUCCAGCUCUUGCUCCGGCUCCGGCUUCAGCACCAGCUCCAGCCAAUCACAUGGCUCCACAUCAGCAGAUGUAUGAGUACCAGUAUCCCAGGCAGAACUACAGCGGGCUUCCCCUCCAAGCUAUGAACUUCAAUACGGCCUACCCCGCCAGGAGCUACGGUGCAUCCCAGUAUGCUGCACCACUACCUCACGCACACUCUUACACUUAUGCGUCUCAAAGUGUGGCUGCUGAGAGUGAGCUCAGGUCCUAUCAUUCGGACUCGUAUCCGCAGUAUUACCCGUCGCCGCCGGAGUAUAAUUCGCCGCAGCAGUCCGAUUCCUUCGUGAUGUUCAGCGACGAAAAUCCGAACGGGUGCAGCAUUAUGUGAAGCAUUGUGUUACUUGUAUAAGUGCUUUUUGAGAAGAUUCUUGUAGUGGUUUAGUGGGGAAGGAUAAAUGGGUUGUUAAUUAGAACAACAAUAUUACUUUCACUUCAGUAUCCUAUCACGGAAAUAUACAUUAUUGUGAAUAUAUGGAAAGAAAAAAAUAAAAUAAAGAUACAAUAAAUUACAGGAGA